AUGACUUCGACUGGUAUCAAGAUUGUGGUACGCCAUCGCCUCACAGAAGAGUUCACGAGGAGCAAGUUGAUCAGUGGUGUUGAGACGCUUCGCAUUGAUGGGUUUGCGGACUAUCCUGGCUUCGAGGCAGCACAAGUAGCUAUCAGCAGUCCGUUACUACGAAGCAUGCUGGUCCAUAGACUAUCACCAUCCCUCGAUAUCAUCAGAAAGGAUCUCCGUGACGAAAUCGAGGUAGCUACGCAGGAGAUCUUGGGCGACAGUCCAAACUGGGCCAGCAAGAAAGUUUCCACAGACUUCUCAGCUUUGGCAGCGCGAUUAAUUUCGCGAGUGCUGGUUGGCACACCUCUUUGUUAUAAUCAGCAAUGGGUGGAAGUGACCAAUGAUUACACACUACUUAGUUUCACUGCGGCGUCCGAGCUUCGGAGAACUCAUUGGAUGUUACGGCCGAUCUUGCACUGGUUUAUGGACUCUUGUAGGUCACUGCGACGAACAGCAAAGAAGGCGAGAAGUCAAAUCGCCAGUGAGCUGGAGCGACGCGGAACUGUGGAAAAUGGACCUAUCGAGAAGCCCGAAGCAUCAGCAUGUAGAUCAGAUGGGCUGCAUUGGCUAUCGCAAGAGAUCCAAGAAAGCAAUAGCAAAGCCGAUAUUGCAGCAGCUGUGCUGCAUCUUUCUCUCAUCGGCGUCCAGACCACGACCUUUGCUUUAAGCCAAGUAAGACACUUUGAACUUUCGGUCAGUGAAAUCGUUACUGAUAAGGUUCUGAGACAAUGCGUUUCCUCUGCGAGCAUCCACAAUGGGCUCCCAUUCUACGAUCUGAAGUCGUUGCAGCAAUUGACAAGCAUGACUGGACAAAAACGGCACUUUACGAGAUGA